AUUUGCGACAGUUGGUUCAUCUUGGCGGCUGAUGGUGACAUGUCAACAAACAUGGCGACCAGCAGCAACUACUGGGAAGAUUUGCGUAAACAGGCCAGACAGCUGGAGAAUGAGCUGGAUCUCAAGCUGGUGUCCUUCAGUAAACUCUGCACCAGCUACAGCAGUAGCAGCAGCAAGGACCAGAGCACGAGAGACAGCAGGACUGGUUCUGUCGGCUCAUCUCAAGACAAUAUGCUCGUGGCCAUGACAACUGAGCUGGAGCAGCAAUUGGCCAAUCUUUCAGCAGUCAAUGACAAAAUGGCCGAGUACACAAAUACUCCGGGAGUUGUAUCGCAUAACGCAGCCCUGAUGCACACCUUACAGAGACACAGAGACAUCCUACAGGACUAUACUCAUGAAUUCCACAAAACCAAAAGCAACUUCUUCAGUUUGCGAGAGCGAGAGGACCUACUAGGCUCUGUUCACAGAGACAUUGAGUCCUACAAGAGCAGCACAGGAGUGAAUAACAGGAGGACUGAGCUCUUCCUGAAGGAACAUGAACAUCUCCGAAACUCAGAUAGUCUUAUUGACAAUGCAAUAAGUAUCGCCAUGGCUACCAAAGAGAACAUCACAUUUCAGCGUGGGAUGUUUAAGUCCAUUCAAACCAGGGUCACAACUUUGGCCAAUCGCUUCCCCACCAUCAACAGUCUCAUCCAGAAAAUAAAUUUGCGCAAGAGGCGGGACUCUUUAAUUCUAGGCGGGGUGAUCGGCGUCUGCACCAUCCUCCUGUUGCUCUACACUUUCCACUGAUUCGCUGAUCUGCUGACGGACCAUCGCUUUCUUAAAGAAAAAAAAGAUUCAUUGCAUUUUGAGGCAUUUUAAAUGUUUUCAUAUUGCUAUUUCCUACGCUUAAGCAUCAGUUUAACAAGUCUUAAUUGAAAUUGUUCAACUCUCAGUUCAGAGUUUAUUUAUUUUUGAAAUGAUGUAAAAAAUGCCAUCUUGGAAGAUAUAUAUUGCUGCUUAUAUCCUGUUGUAAUUGUAACUCUUUAUAAAUGUAUGAAGUCCUGUUUUACCUUGUGUACUGUUAACGUCAUACUUAUUUGUAAAGUAUUGGCGGCACUUGUAAAAUAAAGGUGAUGAGCUCACUUUCAAGUUU